AUGCCUGGAAAAUAUGCUCCGCCAACUGGCGAACUUCUUCUUGCACGUAACUCUCAGAGAGAACCAAUAGGUUGUGUAGCCCUGCGUGCGCUUGGGUCAUCAGAUUCUGGAUGCUGUGAAACGAAGCGCCUUUAUAUUAUACCUACAGUACGUGGCCUCGGACUUGAAAUUCAAGAAUUAAAAGAAGCAGUUGCUGAUAAACCGUUAUCAGAAAAGCUACUUGAUAAAGCUUUAAGUUUUUUAAUAGGAGAUUCUGAAUUUAAUGUUGAUGCAGCAUUAACUAUGAUAACAUAG